ACAGAAUAUCCAGUUCUUGGAGAUGGAUUUCUUUGAUCCCCGGAUAGGGAACUGUCACAAGCGCAUCCUCCUUAGCUGCCUUUUUCAAAAAUCGCGCUAGAAUAAGGCAGCAAUGGGAAUACAGUCUCCACAACAGAUGGCGAUAAACAAUAGCAAAUCCCUUGAGGGUCGGCAAUGGGCUUGCAGCGAAAAGGAUGGACUAAGAUGCUCUACCAAGAGGCAAAGGCAGAGGAAAUUGUGCCUGCCUGUCCAGAUCCUCUCUCUUCCUGGAAGUUUGCAUUCCCUUUUCAGAUGCCCAUCAGGUUGAGAACUGCUGCCCCAGCCUUAGUUUAUAAAGACUGCACUGUUGUGGCAGCCUGCAAUCCAACAGGUGGCACUGCAUCGGCCUGUAAGGAAACCGUAAAGCCCCUCUGGUUCUCCAUGAACUCUGGUUCUGGAGGUGCUAUGAGUUAUGCUCGAGAAUUGUUAUCUAUUGGUGUCUCCUUUUAAAUUAUUUUUUUAAUGUUCCAACAAAAUUUGUCUAUUGAUAUAUCGAUAUGGUCAAAUUCUAUGAAGGCGAAGCAAGCUCAGAAAAAAAAUAAGAUAUUUUAUAGGGGGUUGCAACAAAUUAGAAAUAUUUUAAAUACAUUUGAUCCGGCCCACCCCUAGAAAAAAAAACCCACCCCUCUAAUUUCUGCAGUUUCUUCCCCUAAUCAAUACAGCCUCCCUUAAAACAGAUCCCUUUCAGAUAAGAAAUAAUUUUUUAGCUUGUGGUUAACACAUCCUGGACUCAUUGCAGCUCUGCUAGUUCCUCUUUGCAGCUUGGCUGGUCUUUUUGCUCUCGGAGAAGCGAAGGAAGCGAAUAACGGCCCCUCCAAGUGGAUGCGAGUCUCUUCUCCCACCAGGAAGGUGGAAACAGUAACUUUCCAGGCACCUGAAUGGAAAAAGCCAGUUUCAGGGGCUGACCACCAUGAAACUCCACUUCUCCAACACCUUGGUUUCUUUCCAUCUGGAACACACCCCAGACCGUCAGGGGUUACUGUAUAAAAAGAGCAGUCGCACUUCCUCCUACCACCCGUGCUGGUGCAUGCUCUUGGGUAAUCUUCUCUUCUACCGUGAGCGAGGCGGAGACCGGGACCCACCUAAACUGAUCAUCUUGGAAUGCUGCAUUGUGGAGCUGCGAGAAUCCUCGUCGGAACCAUUCGCCUUUGAAAUCUCUUACCCCUACGGUAGCCGUGCGUACCAGAUGGCAGCCGAGAACCAAGAAACCCUGGAGGGCUGGGUGCGAGCACUCAGCACCGCAGGGUUUGGAUACCUCAAAGCCUUAGCCGCUGAAUUGGAAGGGCAGCUUCAAACGCUGAAGCGACAGGAACCCCUCAAAUCGGAGGGAGCCCCAGUAGCCUCAAAAAAGGACUGUGAGCUAUCCCUGGGGGCUGAAAUGGGAUCCAAAGAGACAAAUUUCUCACAGCUCCACCAGGCGUUUGGCGAGGACAUUGAGCGGUUGAGGCAUACGUGGCAGGAACGGAAAGAUGCCAAGAAGCAACCUGCAGGAAACAAUUUGAUUGACUUGGGGUAGAAAAAUCAGCAAUACCAGACAUUGGACUAAUGGGCAAAUCUAGAGAACUGGAAUUUGGAUAAAAUUUGGGGAAGGGAACGAUUCUGCUAGGUAUAACUUCCUGAAUCAACUAUUUGAAGUGCAUCUGCAACACGUUUGAGGGUGUGUGUUUUUUAAAAAAAGAGAGGAUUUUCCUAAAUUAAAGAAAAACAUCGAGCAA